AGCUGGCCGUUCUGGGAGCCGUUCUGGGAUGAUCCGGAGGCAGAUCCCGAGACCGCAGACUACCUGACUGUUGUCAAGGAGCCCAUCUGUCUGGACUUUGUGGAUGCGAGGCUGGAGCAGGACACGUACGGGAAGCCGGAAGACUUCCUGGCGGACAUGCGACUGAUCUUCAGCAACGCCAAGAGCUACAACCCUCCUGAGCACGACUACCACAAGAUGGCCGACAAGGUUUCUGCCUUCUUCGAGGAGAUCUGGGCGACC